AUGGUCGACAGAUAACACAGACCAGGUGCCAAAACAGGUUCAGGAGGUCCGGCAUCAAGCUAAGACGCAAAUAUAGAACACAGAGAGCGUUUAAGAAAGUUAGCUUUAGAAACAAUUGAUAUAAAGAAAGAUCCGUAUUUUAUGACAAACCAUUUAGUAAUUAAAAUUGGAAGGCCUGGGUAUAAAAUUUUGAAGUCUAUAGAUCCUUUAUCUGGGAUUAUGAGUGCUUAUGAAUAAAAAGUAGAAACUCCAGAUAAAUAGUAUUAGUAUGUGGUUUUUGCAGCUGAACCCUAUGAAAAUAUUGCUUUUAAAAUUCCCAAUAUUGAAAUUGAUUAAGCUGAAGGAAGAUUUUAUUCAGAAUGGAAUAGGGAUAAACAUAUUUUUACACUACAUUUAACAUUUGUUACAGAAAGAGUUUAUAAUAGAUAAUAAGGUCCUAUGUAGAAAAUAUAAUAAAAUCAAUAUAAAUGA